CUCAGUAAGAAGUACAAAUUCUGAAACUCUCUGUUUACAUAUUCAGGAACUGCAUGCACACAGUCACAGCUACUCGCAUAUACUUAUUUCCUUGUGACUCCAUCUGAUCCAUGUCGCACAAAUUCGAUCCGUAUCCCCGCCUCCCGACGCUGGACAUAUACAGCGAUGAGGAGGGCUGCAGCGAUGAUUCCCUUUGCAAUACAGCGCUGAAAACUCACGAUCCUGAAAAACUGUAUAGGGCGCUGUGGCAAACGGCCGUGCUUUACCCCCGGUUAGAGGAUGAGACUCCGCCUAGGAGCUUCUACGAGGUGCUCGAGAAUGAUGACAUCGAGUUCCAUUGCUCGAAUUGUGGCAAAAUGCUCAUAAGCAUGAGCACUCAAACGAUGGAGCGCUGCCUGUUAGAUCAAUGCAACGACUCUACCCAGACUGAAAGUGUGAUGGGGUCCACCAGUACUCUUACAUCCCCACGAGUCCUCUCACAUGACGCGGAGCCCAUACUCCAACUGCAACGAGGCACAGUUGAAAACUUAAACAGCAACCCCAGCUCCAGCGCCAGCCGCAGUGCAAGACGCCGCCGAAUGUACAAAAUGUGGUCCCUGGUGAAGACUAUAAUGGUGUUGUCAUCGAUGCUUCAGUGCGCAUAUACACUUUACAGUGUCGGCCGCACACUGCUCCUGAAUCGUAUGUUGGCACCCAAUCCCAUGGUGCCAAUCUUGCCGCCGCCCUCGUUCAGCCCGUGGAAUUAUCUAGUGGGAAAAAUGUACGAGCUUACAGUCAGUGCGGGCAGAAAACUGCACAUCAUCUAGGAAGGUGUCUGGUCUGUCUCCAAUACGCUCCCGUUUCCAGAGAAAGAGGCGUGUUCGCAGUGUGCUUUGCGAUAGUUCUCCAGGGCUGUUUCUUAUUUUUAAACAUGUGCGCUAUUUUUAAGCUCCGGCAAUUCUAUUUACGCUGUCCGUGUUUAUGGACAGAUAGUGCGACUCGUCUACGGACUAGCUCGUAUAACGUUCGAUUUUUGCUAAGUUGACUUAGCUAAGUAUAAAUAUGUUCUAUUUGUUCAACACAUACACGUGCACUGCAGAUUGUCAAGAGUUUCAAAUCAAGAACAACAACAACAACAACAACAGCUACAGCUACAGCAACAACAAAAUUGUCUUCGAGGUACAUUAAGAUUUAAUUGGGUUCCGAGCAGAGAGUGUGAGCAAAUCGAUGAUUAUACCAUAUAUAUUUCCCGCUGGUCUUGCGCUCACAAUUCAGUUCAUUUUAGUUCAGUAAUGCGUCCAAGUAAAUAUAACCAACUGCAUGUAAUCUUUUUUGUGUUUGCAGCCAAAUAAAUGCAACUGUAUAUCUACUA